AUGAGCUCUUAUUUUGUAAACUCAUUUUGCGGUCGCUAUCCAAAUGGCCCGGACUACCAGUUGCAUAAUUAUGGAGAUCAUAGUUCCGUGAGCGAGCAAUUCAGGGACUCGGCGAGCAUGCACUCCGGCAGGUACGGCUACGGCUACAAUGGCAUGGAUCUCAGCGUCGGCCGCUCGGGCUCCGGCCACUUUGGCUCCGGGGAGCGCGCCCGCAGCUACGCGGCCGGCGGCAGCGCGGCGCCCGCCGAGCCCAGGUACAGCCAGCCGGCCACGUCCACGCACUCGCCUCCGCCCGACCCGCUUCCCUGCUCCGCCGUGGCCCCUUCGCCCGGCAGCGAGAGCCACCACGGCGGGAAAAACUCCCUGGGCAACUCCAGCGGCGCCUCGGCCAACGCCGGCAGCACCCACAUCAGCAGCAGAGAGGGGGUUGGCACGGCGUCCGGAGCCGAGGAGGACGCCCCCGCCAGCAGCGAGCAGGCGAGCGCGCAGAGCGAGCCGAGCCCGGCGCCGCCCGCCCAACCCCAGAUCUACCCCUGGAUGCGCAAGCUGCACAUAAGUCAUGACAACAUAGGCGGCCCGGAAGGCAAAAGGGCCCGAACGGCCUACACGCGCUACCAGACCCUGGAGCUGGAGAAGGAGUUCCACUUCAACCGCUACCUGACCCGCCGAAGAAGGAUUGAAAUAGCACAUGCUCUUUGCCUCUCGGAGAGACAAAUUAAAAUCUGGUUCCAAAACCGGAGAAUGAAGAUGAAGUGGAAGAAAGAUCAUAAACUGCCCAACACUAAGAUGCGAUCCUCCAACUCCAGCUCGGCUUCAGCAGGCCCGCCGGGAAAACCACAAACUCAGAGCCCGCAUCCGCAUCCUCACCCCCACCAGGGCUCCUCCGCACUCACUCCUUCCUCUAUAGCCACCGGAUGCCGGAAACGGGGAGUCCCUGAGCGCCCAGAGCUGGAGACACACUCGGCUUCAGCCUUGGACAUCUUUCGAGGUAAGCGCGCUGCGUCCCAACUCUUCACCGCGUCGGCCCUAGCACCGGUGAAGGAGUUUACUUUCCCUGGCAGCUGCCACCCCUUGCAGCUGGUCAGUAUUGAAAGAGGGGAGAAGGGGAGGGAAGGAACCAUGCACAGCUUUCUACAGCUGCUACAAAGGAGGUCCUGGCCCAAGCUCCCGCCCUGUCUUUCCCUGGGCUCCCUGCUUGGCGGCUCCCGGCCCCUCUGGGCGCCGGCGGAAAGGUAUGCGUCCCGGGUGCCCCAGCCCUCACCUCGGCGCCCUGGGCCGUCCCCUCCCCUGGCAGGUUCUCACGGAGAGCGGGCCUUCCCGGCAGCUGGCUUAGCUGAGAAGGCGGUGAGUCGCGUCAGCAGUUUGGAGGAGAAAGUGCGGGUUGAUUAUUGA